AUGAAUGGAUGGGGAGAAAGUGACGAGAUAGAAGAUUUUGACCCAGAAGCAGAUUUAAAACAACAACCAUCACAAAAACAUCAACAACAACAACAACAACAACAACAACAAAAAUCAUCAACAACAACAACAACCACUACAACAACUAAAAUGAAUGGUCAUAAUAAUAAUAAUAAUGGUGGUGGUGGUGGACAUAAAAGACAACUUUCAUUCAAUCAAUUAAUGGAUUCUAUUUCAGGUACAUUACCAUUUCAAUUAGAUAUGAAUAAUGGUACUAGUAAUAGUAGUAGCAGUAAUAGUAAUAAUAAUAAUAAUAAUAAUAGAACCAAUACACCAAUUAAUAGAAUAUUUAGUAGUACAAAUAGUUUAGAAGAAUUACAAAAUGGUAUGAUGAUGAAUGGUGGUGGUGGACAAUCAACACCACCAAUAAUAAAUAAUAAUAAUAAUAAUAUAAAUGGUCUCAAACAAUCACAAGAUUAUGGUGAAACAUUAAAAGAGAUGAUUAAAACAAUUGAAAAUUAUAAGAAAGAAAACUUUGAUUUAAAGAUGCGUAUAUUUUAUAUGGAUAGUAGUUUAUCGAUGACUAGUGAAGAAAAAAAUAUGUUUCAACAAAAUAUUGAUUUAAAAGUUCAAUUGGAUGAAAAAACCAAACAAUUGGAAGAGAGGGAUAAUGUAAUUGUAAAAUUGGAUAAAGUGAAUCAAGUUUUAAAAGAGAAAUUAGAAAAACAAAAACAAAAAGAAGAGAAAUUAAAAAAUGAAAUUGAUCAAUUAUCAAAUAUAAUUUCAAAUCAAAAUGAUAAAGAUAAAGAUAAAGAUAAGAAAAAUAAAGAUAACCAAUCAUCAUCAUCAUUACAACAACAACCACAACUACCACAACAACAACAAGUUGUAAUUCAAUAUACAAAAGAUCCAGAAGAUAAAGAUAAAAUCAUUCAACAACAUAAUAUAAUUGAAGAAUUAAAUCAUAAAAUUGAUGGAUAUGAUGAUGAGAUUAAAGAUUUGAAGAAUCAAAUUUUAAACGCAAAUCAAGAAUUAAAGAAUCAAAAAAAGAAUAAUGAAAGAUCACAAAAACAAUUGGAGGAUUCGUUAAGGGAGCAAAGAGCUAUUGAACAAGAGAUAUUGGAUAAGAAUCAGGAAUUACAAUCGAUAAAUUUAGAAUUAAAGCAUAGAUUGGAUAGAUUGAAUAAUGAAUUGGGUGAACAGAAUCAAUUGGAUUCUCAAGAGAUUGAACAAUUGGAAAAGGAUUUAAAAUCUACUAGAUUGAAAUUGGAGCAAUUGAAAGGUCAUUAUGAACGUUUGAAACAGCAUUAUGAGGAAUUAAAGAAACAUUAUGAUGAACAGUUGGACACCAUUGAGCAGUUAAAAAACUCGAUUUUAGCUUACGAGAAUUUACUAAUUGAAAAGGAUCAUGAGAUUCAAUGCAUCUUUGAACAACAUCAACAAGAACUAAUACAAAUUCAAAACGAUCAUCAAAAGGCACUUGCUAAUAAGGUUGGUGAGAUCACAGAAUUGCGUUCACAAAUCAAGAGAAUUCGUGAAGAAUUCUAUGCAUCCUCAUUGGAAACUCAGCAUAGUCAAGCGAUUCACGAAAAUUAUAAACAAGAGAUACAAACACUCUCUAUGGAUAUUUCUAAAUUGCAUCAAUCCAAUCAGGAUUUAGAGUUACAAUUACAUUCUAAAACUAUUUUAAUCAAUGAUUAUGAGAGAGCGUUGAGUAAUUUAGAGAAUACUCAUAAGGAGUUGGUUGAUGAUGUUCAAAAGAAAUUACAUGAAUUUACAAUUCAAGCUGAUCAACAUCAAAAGGAGAAAGAUGAUUAUCGUUUAAUUGCAUCGGAAUUGGUUGUUGUUAAAAAUCAAUUAAAAGAAUUAAGAGUGGAUUAUCAAAAAUUGGAACAAUUAAAACAACAACAAUCCGAUCAACAACAACAACAAUUGAUUGACCAAAAACAAUACCAACAACAACAAUUUGAACAACAAAAACAAAAAUCUGAUCAAGAGAAUCAACAAAAGUUAAUUACUAUACAAAAACAAACCUCAAAACAAUUAUUAGAUCAAGAAACACUAUAUAAACAACAAUUGGAUAAAUUGGAGGAUACUUAUCUAUCGAAAUUGAAUAAUCAAAAUUCAAAUAAUCAUCAAAAAACUGAAACUUUUAUUAAAGAGAUGAAAGAGAAUUAUCAACAACUUCAUCAAAAGAAUAUUUUAAAUUUCUCAACAACUUUGAUAACUAUAUUAUCAACUAUUUCAAAUACAUUAAUACCUUCAGUUUUGGCUAAUCAACAACAACAGCAAUUGCUAUUCGAUGAGAAGGAAGAUCUACAAAAUUAUAUUAAAAAAUUAAAUAAUAAUAUCAAUGAUUCAACAAUAACUGAUCUUCAAGAAUUAAUUUCAUUAAAGAUUGAAGAAUGUAAACAAUUGAAUCAACGUGAAUUUGAUAAUGGUCUUGUUAAAAUUGAGAAUGAUUUCAAUCAACGUUAUCAACAAUUAUCAAUACUAUUGGAUGAGAAAUCAAUGUUAUUGGAUCAAUUGGAGACACAAUUGGUCGAGGCUAAACAAUUGACAACUCAAAAUCAAUUGAUUGGUCAAGAACAACUUCAACAACAAUAUCAACAACAUUUACAAACUUUUAAACUUCAAAUUCAACAACUUCAAGAUCAACUCAUUCAAAAUAGAAGACAAUAUCAACAAUCAUUUGAUGAUCAAGUUAAACAACUCUCUCAAUUUAAUCUUGAAAAUAAACAUUUAGAUCAAUCAAAUAAACAAUUACAACAAAAGUUACAACAACAAAUUACAAUUUUAAAUCAACAACAUCAAAUGGAAUUACAACAACAAUAUCAACAAUAUCAAAGAGAAAUUUAUCAAAUUCAACAACAAUUUAAAAAUUUAAAUAAAUUAAAUAAUAAUAAUUCAACUACUACAACAACAACAACUUCAUCAUCAUCCUCAUCAUCAUCGUCAUCAAAUAAUAUUAAUAAUAAUAUUAUUAAUAAUUCAAUUGGUAAUAAAAGAACACAUGAAGAUUUACAAACUGUAUCAAUAUCAGAUUUUGAUGAUGAUAGAAAUACUAAACUUGUUAAAAAAGAGAAUCCAAAAGAAAUUAAAGAGAUUAAAGAUAAAGAUUGGGUAAAGAAUACUAUUGAUAAUUUAUUAAAAUUAGAUAAAGAGACUAAAGAAUUAAAAGAUCAUAUUAAAAAGAUUGAUGAUGAUAUUAAAACAAAGAAAACUUCACUUCCACCAAAAUCAACUUUGGCAAAUGAUCAAAAACAAUUAUUUCCACCACAACCAAAAGAACCAAGACCAUCUCAAAUCUCUUCAUCUUUAAUAACUUUAAAUCCUGAUAUCAUUAAAAAUCAAGUGAAUUCUUUAGCUCAAAUUUUACAAUCUUCAACAAUUGGUGAUAAAUAUGAAAUUUCUCAUGAUUUUUUAGUUAAUAUUAAUGAACUUUUUAAAGAAUUACGUUUACAUAAUCAAUUAUUAUCUUAUGAGUUUGAUUCAAGAAAUAAUAAAUACAAAUCUUUAAUAAAUGAUAUAAAAGAAAAAAAACUUAAAUCAAGUAAAUCUUCUUCCUCCUCUUCAGCAACAACAACAACAGCAACAACAAACACAUCAAGUAGAGCUAUUAAACCAACUGCAAAACCAAAUGAAAACAAACAACAACAACAACAACAACAACAACAACAACAACAACAACAACAACAACAACAACAACAACAACAACAACAACAACCAAAUAACCAACAACGAAUCAACGAUCAAACCAAAUCAAUGUACAUACAACCUUCAUUGCAACCAUCCAAUAAUAAACAACAACAACAAAAAUCAGUUUCAUCAUCAACAACUACUGUUUCCAAGAACUCGUUAAAUAAACCAAUUGAAAAUGUUAAAUCAUUAAAUCAAUCACAAAUUCAACAACAAAAACAAACAACUACGACAACAACAACAACUACAAAUACGACUAGAACUCAACAACAACAGCAUCACCAAUCGAAAGAAAAUAUUAUCAAUAGUAAUGAUAUAAGAUUAAGUGUUGAACCAUUACAUAAGGAUCUUCAUAUUAAAGAAACUCCUUAUAUUAAAUUGGAAAACUCUCAAAAAAUUGAAACUAUUAACAAACAAUUAAAUUUACUUAAACAACAAAUAAAAUAA